AUGUUAAAAACGCUCCUGCUUUGCUCUUUGCUGAUCAUAGAUGCCAGUGCUGUGUGCACUAUAUGUUCGCUCCUUUCCGAUUAUUCUGAUGACAUGCCUACCAUACGUACAUUACCAGAACCAAGCGAGAAAUAUCGACGACAAUCAUUGGACAGCGCGGAACAACAAAUGGUAGGAGGAUUCUCGGAUUUGACUUCCAGGCUAUUCGGCAACCUAUUUGGUCUCAUCAACGAAAGAGCAACUCGUGUGUCCACGGACGAUGGAGCAAAUCCCCUUCGAGGACGCGGACGUUUUAACCCGAACAUCGAGAAACCAGGGGUAGAACCAAAGCAGAAAGCCGGUACUCAGCUGUUUGAUUUGUUCGAUACGAUUGGU